CUGAGCUUUUCUAAGCGUUGCAUUACGUAUGCAGCAGAGAGAGCGCGAGGAUCGACUCCCACAGUAGGCUAUGCAUUGCAUGUCGGAACUACUGUAGCCUGCCCGUGGAACUGAACGCGAGUGAGUUGAGUUCAGUAAAGACUCCCGGUCGAAGUUUUUUUUUAAGUGUCUUUAUUUGGAAAUUAAUAGGCUAUUAAAGCCUAACCGAAUUCGUAAAUGCCGUGAAUAAUUCUGAGCUUUCUUUGGACGGAUCAGAUCACGACGGACUUCGAGCAUGAGUUGGUAUCUAGAAUAGCUCUACUGUUUUGAGAUAUUUCAACGGGCUGAUAUGUAAAAAGACUGGAGACAUAAUUCAAAGUUGAAACGAAGCAAGGAUUUUGUGUGUGUUUUUGUUGUUGCUGCAGCCGGUGGUAUUGCACGGAUGGAGUAGGCUUCUCUUAAGAUCCGCAAAAUGUUUCUUGAUCAAUUAAAUGAACUGGAUGUAUAUUUUUAGACGAAACAGAGCAAGAUCACAAAUGUGCCAAAUGGACACAACAGAUUUUUCUCAAAUUCAAGGACAAAAGGGUCACAUUUAGGCAACUGCAUUAAAUGUGACGGAAGAACGGAAAAACGCACGCCAGUUCACGGGUUUGCAAACGACCCCACUUGUUACCUUACUUGACACAUUUUGACCAGUGGAUAACAGUGACAAUUUAUAAAGUAGCUUUAUCAGUGAGCUACGGUGUGUGGUGACCUAAACAAUUUUUCCACGUCUAAAGGUUCUGUGUAAUAAUUUCCACCUGCUAUUGUUAGCGCGGCCAGCUCGGAACACAGCGCCUCAGUGACAGUUAUCAAAAACCACCAUCAAUUUACUGGAUUUCAAGAAUCUACAUGCUAUGCUGGCGAAUGGGAUGUGAAAUUGUGCGCGAUUCACACUGUAACCACGUUUCGAACAAUUUAGUUGCUGCUUGAUUUACCUCACUCAUUCAGCGUGGAGAUGGCUGGCUCAGGUUGCAGUUGGAAGUACUACCUAUGGAUUUUGACAGUUUUUUCCAGGUCGCUGUUGCCCAUGGCCAAGUCUUUGGAGUCGGUGAUAUGGAACUCUCAAAAUUCCAAGUUCCAGAUUGGGAAAGGCCUGGUGAUGUACCCCCAGAUCGGAGACAAGCUGGACAUCAUCUGCCCCAAGGGGGAUAUGGGCCGACCCUACGAGUUCUACAAACUCUACCUGGUGAAGCGGGAGCAGGCAGAGUCAUGCAGCACCGUCAUGGACCCUAAUGUGCUGGUGAACUGUAACAAGCCCGAGAAGGACAUCAAGUUCACCAUCAAGUUCCAGGAGUUCAGCCCCAACUACAUGGGCCUCGAGUUCAAGAAGAAUAUCAACUACUUCAUCACCUCGACGUCAAACGGGACCCUGGAGGGACUGGAGAACCGAGAAGGAGGCGUCUGCGACACCCUAUCCAUGAAAAUCGUCAUGAAAGUGGGCCAGGACCCUAACACGGUUCUACCAAACCCGGUGACCACAGACCAGCCGAGACGAGAGGACAGCGGGGUGAAGGAUACGCCCACCAACCCGCCCAAGAAGAAGGACGGGGGGUUUGUGCAGCCUGGUAAUAAAGACACCAUCAACCAGGAGAACAACUCCGCGGAGGGGAUCUUCAGCUCCAAGCCGGCGCUAUUCGCAGCCAUCGGAGCCGGCUGCGUCAUCUUCCUCCUCAUCAUCAUCAUCCUCAUCGUCCUGCUGAUCAAGCUGAGGAAGAGGAACAGGAAGCACACUCAGCAGAGGAACACAGCGCUGUCGCUCAGCACGCUCGCCAGCCCCAAGUGCUCCGGGAACGCCGGCUCGGAACCCAGCGACAUUAUCAUUCCCUUAAGGACUACAGAAAACAACUACUGCCCUCACUACGAGAAGGUGAGCGGGGACUAUGGGCACCCGGUGUACAUCGUCCAGGAGAUGCCUCCUCAGAGCCCGGCCAACAUCUACUACAAGGUCUGAGGCCAGCUGUGCUGUCAGCAGGAGGCGUACUUGCAGGGGAAGAUCAUGGCCGACCUUUUAACUACCUUGUUUGUCUGAUGUUGAGAGACACUUUUGAUGUUCCAAACAGUGACACUAAAAACCGGAAUGAGAAAAGGUUGUCAUGGACGUAGUAGUUGAAACAUUUUUGAUGUUUCUCGAUAGGCCAAAGGCAAGUUUCGGCGGGGUGGGGGAGGGAUGUCUUCUUCUCUUCCUGCUCCUUGCUAGAAUUACACACUUCCCCCCCCCAGUUUGCUGUUCUAUGUGUAGGUGUGUAAGAUGGUCAAGCCGAUAGAGCGUCUCCUGCUCUGACCAGACGAGUGGCAAACAGGGUAUCAAUGAAAAGGACCUGGAAGAACGGCUGUCGCUUCAUCUAAGGAUGAAAGCAUCCGCUGCUUGCUCAGAGACAUGAAAAGGCACAGUGUGAUACUGUAGCAUAACCUUCCCUUUCAUAACAAUGUGUUCUACCUGCACUAUUGUUUAAAUUUUGUUUUUUUUCAGCUCCCCGUUCACCCCAAUCUGCUCCUUCAACAUUGUAUUUCUUUUCUACUGAAUAUCUAGUUAAUACAUACUAUAAUAUGGUAAAUAUUAAUAUUUUUACGUGUCCUUUAAUGAUUAAUUUUGCCAUCUGUAGGGGUUUUGAUGGUUCAUAAAGAGCCUGUUCUGUUAAUAAAGAAGUGAACACACAUAUGUCAACCUAGAUCACAUAGUUUUGUUAAAUACAUGUCUUUCAUUCUUCCCCCCCCCCCCCCCCUAGCUUGUCUGAACAGGCUAAGUCAGGUAUGCAACUGUGAGUCAGCAAUGGGCCUCACCCUGGAUAAGAGUUAAUGAAAGGCAAAUAGCUCAAUCGGAACGCCGGUGAGAGGUCAUCAUGAGUGAAAUCAAUUUAAAGAAAACAUAUAAGUUAUGUUUCAAAAUGACAGGUCACUUCUGUGUCUGAAUUGCCUUGGGGAUUUUUCGUCGUAACUCCCUCCUCGUAAAUCAGGCCCACAGUUUUCCCUUCGGUGGAAAAGAAAAACAAGAUCAAAUUUGUAUAAACCCGAAAAAAGUGUGGAAGCAAUUAAGAUGCUAUCAGAAGGAGCAGAAUCUCUCACUCCCUGCUUGAGUUUUUUUUACUCCCUAAAGAAUCAGAUGUUUUUUGAGGGAAAGAUGGGUGCCCAACCGUUCAGUACAACGUUUUACUGACGGGAACUUCUUCCAGAGACAGUGAGACAACUGCGUAGGGAGGCGUGUGAGCGUUCAUCACAGGAUCGUCCUGAAGUCACAGUGCCUACUGAGGAUCUUCCAUGUGCUCUGAAUGAAGUGUGAGCAAGUUAUGUUCAACAUGUGUGUUACGCAUCUCCAUAAAGAUCCAGUCUGAGGAGAAUGGAGGAUAAUGGAAAGAGUUAGGCAUUCAUCUGCUGCCCCUGUUCUCCUCAACCAGGUGUCAGGUGAUGAAAACCAAACUUUUUCACAUAGCACUGAAAAAUAACUGCACAGAAUCGUCAGAGAUAUUUACUUUAACUACACUUAUACUGUUGCGUAGUUAAUUUCAUUUCCAUCUCAAAAGGAUUUCAGUGCUAAUUUUCUGUGUACAUAAUCUUAAGAAAAACAAUAAGGAAUCUAAAGUAAUAAGAAGAGUUGUGUAGAAAGACCUUCAAUGCUGUCAGGAAAACAGAUGUGAAGAAGAAGUAGGGCUGUCACUGUUGUUAGAGAUGACUUCCCUUUCUAUCUCUGGAUCAGGUGAUUACACUAGUACCAAAAUGUUUUCAAUAUCACUUAUCACAGAUGUUUAUUCUUUAAUAGAUGUUUUUAGUAUUCUGAAUGGUCUCCCAUUGUUGAGUCAAGUGUGUUGAUUUUUGUUGAUUUAGCAGAUUUUUUCAAUUUCACUUAUUUACUUUAGGUUACCCUGGCAUAUGUUUGGGAUUAUUUUUAAAUUAUUAAAACUCUUAGCAGUA